AAAACAGCCAAACCCCCAACACACACACAUCUCUCUCUCUCUCUCUCUCUCUCCAAAAUCUCUUUUUAUUUCAUCUCUCUGCAAUUAAUGGAACCUGUUCUCGUCGCGAUGGCCGUAACCGCCACAACAGAAGACGACGGAUUUUCGUUAAUCACCGAUAAAACUUCAUAUAAUCUAACGGCGUCAGACGUUGACAUCGUUACCUCCGGCAACCGUCGGAUUCCGGCUCAUUCCGGUAUUCUGGCCUCGGCUUCACCGGUACUAAUGAACAUCAUGAAGAAACCGAUGAGACGUUUCAGAGGCUGUGGAUCUAAGAGAGUCAUCAAGAUUCUUGGCGUUCCAUGCGACGCCGUUUCAAUCUUUAUCAGAUUCCUCUACUCCUCCUCUAGUUUGACGGAGGAUGAGAUGGAGAAAUAUGGGAUUCAUCUUUUAGCGUUAUCUCACGUGUACAUAGUGACGAAUCUGAAGCAGCGGUGUUCAAAAGGCGUUGUACGGCGUUUAACGGCGGAGAACGUAGUCGACGUUUUCCAGCUGGCUCGGCUCUGCGAUGCUCCGGAUGUUUGUCUCAGAUCUAUGCGGCUUAUCCAGUCGCAGUUUAAGACCGUUGAGCAGACCGAAGGAUGGAAGUUUCUUCAAGAACACGAUCCUUCCCUCGAACUCGACAUUCUCCAGUUCAUCGACGACGCCGAAUCGAGGAAGAAAAGAAGACGACGACACAAGAAGGAGCAGAAUCUGUAUAUGCAGCUAAGCGAGGCAAUGGAGUGUAUAGAGCACAUAUGCACCCAAGGCUGUACGUUGGUCGGUCCAACGAACGUAGUAGACAUGAACGACAAGUCAACGGGUGUGGCGUUUGGAGAAAAGUCAAAGCCUUGCAAGGCGUUUUCCACGUGUUAUGGCCUCCAGCUUUUGAUACGUCACUUUGCUGUAUGCAAGAAGAGGAGUAACAACGCAAAGGGUUGUCUUCGUUGUAAACGGAUGCUUCAACUCUUUAGACUCCAUUCUUCUAUCUGUGACCAACCCGAAUCUUGUCGCGUCCCUCUUUGCAGGCAAUUUAAGAACAGGGGAGAACAAGACAAAAAGAUUGGUGAAGACAACAAGUGGACGAUUCUGGUGAGAAGGGUUGUGUCUGCAAAAGCUAUGUCUUCGUUGUGUCAGUCAAAGAAGAACAAAUGUGAUGGAGAAGCAGAAGGAUUAGUCAGGAAGGAGUACUUAGAUGUGUAGAUAGUAAUGAAGAUUAGUUAAGGAUCAUCUUCCUUAGAUUCGUAUUUGUUAAUUUGUUUCUUUUUUUGUAGUAUAUGGUUGGAAGUACAAAGGGUAUAUAAUCAUAUAUCUUUUGAUCUGUUUGGAGGGUUUAGUUUGUAGAUGAGUAAACCCUUUUGUAUUUGGCAAUGUGUAGGUCACAUUUUGUUGUUCAUUCAUAUCUAAUAAUACACACUAUUCAAGAAAAUGUUUUGGACUCAA